CAAACUUAGUCCUUUUUUCUCGGCAAAUUUAGUUUUAGUUUUUCUUUCUUUUUUAUUUGUAUCAUAGUCAAGGGUUUUCUCUGUCUCACAGCUUCAUCACACUCAAACAAGAUCUUGAGUUAUUUUUUAUUUAUUGAAGAUGGGGUCAAAAUAUUGUGGCAGAAAGCGUGAAGAAAGGUCACAUACUUUACCACACAUUCCUUGUCAGGACCUUUCAUCUUCUUCUGACAAACGCAAAAGGGUGCAAGAAGCAUUGAAAACUUUUAGGGACGAAUUUGAUAAACGCUAUUGUCAAUACAAGUCAAAUCAACUAGAUUACUGCUUGAAAACAAAAGUUUUAAAAGAAACUGCAGUGUCUAUGCAAAAGCAAUAUCAAUGUGAAAACACUAAAAAGAGAUUAGGGCAUGUUGAUGGAAUUAAUGUUGGUGACUUGUUUCAAUACAGGGCUGAACUUGUUGUCAUUGGUCUUCAUCACGAAUUCGAAAAAGGAAUUGAUUAUUUGGGUAAAAGUGAGAGUUCUUUGGCUACCAGCAUUGUUGCAACUCAUAAGUAUUCUAAUGUUAUGAAAGACGGUUGUUUGAUUUAUGAAGGUCAAGGGACUAACCCUAGAGUACGGAAACCUCUAGCGCAUCAUGAUCAGAAAUUGGAAACCGGAAAUCUUGCUUUGUGGAAUAGUAUGAAUGCUAAGAGACCUGUUAGGGUUAUACUGAAGAUUUCCGGAAAAUUAAAAUAUGAUGGGUUGUAUUCGGUUGACAAAAUGACUCAAGAAAGGGGAGAAUUUGGAAAACUUGUGUUCAAGUUUGUACUUAACAAACUUCCGGACCAACUCGCCUCUGUUUCCCUUUCCCCUAAAGAUGAUAUGGAAACAGAAACCUUCCAGAAGAGACCCAAGUCUAGAGAUCAUGCUGUCCCUAAGGAUAUUGUUAAAAUUAAUGAUGUUUCGGAGGGGAAAGAAAAGUUUCCUAUUCGGGUGAAGACACCGACAAGUGGUGUGGAGCUAUUUAAACCUUUUAAUUACCUAGUCACGAUGACAUCUUGCAUCAACCGAGUGAGUCAAUGUGGUAUUCAAUUCGAACUGGAAAUCUUCAAAACGGAAUCAAAGGGGUGGGGUGUUCGAACGCCGUCUUUCAUUCCAUCUGGAAGCUUUGUGUGCGAGCUCGUUGGAGAAUUUGCUCAUCACAACAACAAAAAUGCAGAAUCAAUUCUACAUGAUGCUAACUUUAUAUUUAAUUUAGGUUUUGGGAAGGGCUUCAUUGAUGCAACUAAACAUGGAAACAUUGGAAGAUUUAUAAAUCAUAGUUGUUCUCCUAACCUAUGUGUGAAAGAUGUUAUGUAUGAUCACAAUGAUAAGAGUGUACCCCACAAAAUGUUGUUUGCUGAGCAGGACAUACCCGCAGAUAGAGAGCUAAGUUAUAAUUACAAUUGCUUCAAGAGAAAUUUCAAGGUUGAGAGUAAUGAUUGCUACUGUCGUUCACCAAAAUGCCAUGGACAAAUUUACAUUUGA